GCUGUUCAAGGAGCAGCAUGAGGACCUGGUGGACCACGUCCCCAAGGAGCGGGAGGUGCUGCUGGAGCGCGAGUUCCAGCGCGUCACCAUCUCCGGGGAGGAGAAGUGUGGGGUGCCCUUCACAGACCUCCUGGAUGCAGCCAAGAGCGUGGUCAAGGCUCUGUUCGUGCGAGAGAAAUACAUGGGCUUGUCCCUCCAGAGCUUCUGCAAGACCACGGCGAGAUACCUGCAGGAGCUCUCUGAGAAGCCCCUGGAGACACGUGGCUAUGAGGAGGUGUCUGAGACCACUGUGACUGCUGAUGCCCCUGUGCACCCCCCAUUUGCUGAGCAGCACCCCUAUGAGGCCUGGGACCCCCAGAGCAUGCCAGCAGACCUGGGCUUUGGGCUGAAGAUGGUUGAUGGUGUUGUGCAUGUCUACACCAAGAGGGACCCCACAGACAAGAGCACAGAGCUGGACCUGCCUUACCCUGACCUGCAGGAAUUCAUCGCUGACAUGAAUUUCCUCAUGGCUUUGAUCAUCAAUGGACCCAUCAAAUCCUUCUGCUACCGUCGGCUGCAGUACCUGAGCAGCAAGUUCCAGAUGCAUGUGCUGCUCAACGAGAUGAAGGAGUUGGCAGCCCAGAAGAAGGUGCCCCACCGCGACUUCUACAACAUCCGCAAGGUGGACACCCACAUCCACGCCUCGUCCUGCAUGAACCAGAAGCAUCUCCUGCGCUUCAUCAAGCGAGCAAUGAAGAAGCACCUGGAUGAGAUUGUCCACGUGGAGAAGGGGAAGGAGCAGACGCUCAAGGAGGUGUUUGAGACCAUGAACCUCACUGCCUACGACCUGAGUGUGGACACACUGGAUGUCCAUGCUGACCGUAACACCUUCCACCGCUUCGACAAGUUCAACGCCAAGUACAACCCCAUCGGGGAGUCCAUCCUGAGGGAGAUCUUCAUCAAGACAGACAACCGUGUCUCGGGGAAGUACUUUGCACACAUCAUCAAG